GGCCAAGGCUGGGGGGGACGGGGGCCCCCGGCCAGGCAGGCCCUCGCGUGCCACAGGUACAAAAGGAGAAGUGGCCUGGGCGCAGCGUGGGCGCGGGGACAGCAGGGAUCCGACAGGGGCACAGCAAGCGGUUCGGGCACCCCACGGCUCGCCAGGCGCAGGCCCCUGGAGCAGGAGCCAUGGCAGAGGACGGGGAGCUCAACCGCGUCAUCAAGGACUUGCAGAAGACCAUCGGCGAGCUGAACCGGAGCUACCGGGAACAGAACCUGCCAGUGACGGACGGGAGCCGGGAGCUGCACAGCCUCUGCGUCCAGCUGGAGUUCCUCCUCCAGUUUGACCUCAAGGAGAAGAGGAACUUCUUUGGGCAGCGGAAAGAUUAUUGGGACUUCCUGUGCCAGGGCCUGGCACGGCGCCGGCAGGAACACGAGGGUGUUCGCUUCGUCACCUCGCUGGACAAGCUGAAGACCCCCGUGGGCCGGGCCCGGGCCUUCCUGCGCUACUGCCUGGUGCACCGGCAGCUGGCCGAGUCUCUGCAGCUCUGUCUCCUGGACCCCCAGAGCCUCAGCGAGUGGUACUACGCCCGCAGCCCCUUCCUGAGCCCCCGGCGCCGGGCCGAGAUCCUGGGCAGCCUCUACGAGCUGGACGGCGUCACCUUCCAGCUGGCGCUGCGCCGGGUGGACCUGGACGCCGCCUGGCCCAUGUUCUCCGAGACGCUGCUGCGGCCCAGCCCGGCGCCCGCAAGCAGCCCGGCGAAGGCGGCCCCGCAGGCAGGCGACGCGGCGGCAGGGCCCGUGGGAGCCCCGGCGGCACCCGCUCCCCGCUGCGGGCCCGCCGCCGCUCGCUCCCCUCCCCGGCGGGCGGACGAGGGGCCCCGGGGCGGUGGAGAUGGGGAGCCCGGCACGUCCCCGGAGCGGGCGCCCGGCUCCCCGCCGCGGGGCCCGGCCGGCGGCGAGAGCCCCGCGGAGCUGCGGCGGGCCAACGCCGCCUUGCAGGCGCUGGCGGAGCGGCUGCGGGCCGAGGUGGCGGCGCGGGAGGCGGCGGCGCGGGCGCUGGAGGAGCGGCUGGCGCGGGAGGAGCGGCGGCACCGGGAGCGGGAGGAGGGCAGCGCCCGGCGGGCCGAGCUGCAGGCCCGCGAGGCCGAGGCGCUGCGGGAGACCAACGCCUUCCUCGGCGGGGCGCUGGCGCGGCUGGACGCCGGGGCGGCGGAGCUGCGGCGGCGGGCGCAGCGGGCGGAGGAGGCCGCCGCCGCCGUGCGGCGGGCCCGGGAGGAGCAGGAGCGGCACCGCGCCGAGCUGGCCGGCCUCUGCCGCGCGCAGGCCGCGGCCCUGGAGGUGGCCGAGGGGCGGCUGCGGGCGCUGGAGGGCCGGGAGCCGGCGGCGGAGGACGAGGCAGACGCCGCCGCGGCCGGCGGGGCCGCGGGGGCCGGCGGCGCCCUGGAGGAGGCCCGGCGGGCGCUGGCGCUGGCGGCCGAGGAGGCGCGGGGCUGGCGGGCGGCGGCGGAGGCGCGGGCCGCCCGCCUGGCCGAGGCGCUGGCGGAGCAGGCGGCCCUGGCCUCGCGCCUGGAGGCCUGCGAGGCGGCGGCGGCCGGGCAGCGGGAGGAGCGGGAGCGGCUGCGGGCGGCGCUGCGGGCGGCCGCGGAGGAGCGGCAGGCCCUGGAGCGGCAGGCGGCGGCGGCGGCGGCGGACGGCGCCCGGCGGCUGGCAGCAGCCCGGGAGGAGGCGGCUGCCCUGGAGGAGGCGCUGAGGCGGGCGCUGGAGCGGGCCCGGGCGCCCCGCGGAGAGGAGCCGGCGGAGGUCGGGGCAGAGCCGGGCCCCGGCACGGCCGCCGACAUGGUGACGUGCCUGGCCGCCCUGGCCGCCAUGGCCCAGGAGGAGGCCCGGCAGGGCCGGCAGCAGCUCCAGGCCCAGCAGCAGGAGGUGAUGCGGUUGGAGGAGCUGCUGGGCAGGGCACAGCAAGAUGGGGAGCGCUGGGCAUCAGCCCUGCAGCGGGCGCAGCGGGAGGCCAUGGAGCGGGAGGCCACGCGUGGUGAGGAGCAGGCUCGGCAGCAGGAGCUCAUCCGUGACAUGAAGGGGCGGCUGCUGGAGCUGCUGCGGGAGAAGGAUGCACUGUGGCAGAAGACGGAGGGCAUCGACCCACAUAUGCCCAGCAUGGCGCCCCGUGACAUGGGGCUGUGUGCCCGCUGCCGCAAAGAUUUCCGCCUCCUCUCCCGGCGGUACUGCUGCAGGUUAUGCCAGGGCAAGGUGUGCCACGCGUGCUCUGUGGACGUGGGCAAGCAGGGCCGUUGGUGCCUGCUUUGCUACCAGCAGAGGCACCAGCCGGCCACGUGAGUCAGGACCAGGUCCAUCGUGCUGUGCCUUUGACACCCCCUCCAGCCACAGCCCACCCUAACUGCCUCCUCAUGGACUCACAUGAGCCAGGGACCCAGGUGUCCAGGGCCUGCUGUGCGGGUCCUUCCACUCAGAGUUUAGGGUUUCAGACCCAUCUUUCACGUGGCUGGUCCACAGAGAGAAAAACAACUCACUGCUGCUAACUCUGUA